AUGUCUGAAGACUUCAGCUCCAAGUAUACCAACGCCAACUUGGCCUCGGACGCAACACCAUAUAAUUCCUCACUCCUUUGCCAUCUAGUGCAGAAACUCAAUGAAGCUGACAACGGGAGCAUCAGCAGCGCCGGUAUGUUAUGUGCGCAAAAACGCGGCGACGCGGUUCCCAAAAUUUUCCGCGAUCUCGUCGAGGGCAAGUCCACCGCGGAGAAGCGAGACACUUUUCUCUCCAUAAAGCGGGCCAUGAACCUCACGUGGCCAUUCGUGGGUUUACCGAAUUCGAUGCCAGCGUGUUUGGGCCUCAUCGACGAGUUACGCCGGGACAACAUUACGGUGCUGAGCGAGGUCGACCGGCCGCCAUUUAGCGAAAGAGACUGGUUAGCCGUCGGGAAGCAGACGAACCAGGAAAUCUACCGGGCAGCGGGAAACUCCGAAGUCGGUUUGAUGAUCGCUCAGUUCUUCCCCGAGCUCUCUUACAUCGCCAACGCCUCCGUGUUCGGAUAUUUGAUUGGGGGCUCCGUUCAGGACCUGGCGUUGCCUCUCUGUGAGAUCAUUGUAGCCGGGGCAAUCGCGGCAAUGGGGGCCACUAGGCAGGCGCGGAGCCACUUCAAAGGUUCAAUGGGACUAGGAGUCUCCAGGGCUGCCGUGGAAUCGGUAUGGGAGGUCGCCCAAGAGGUGGCGGAUUGGAACGGGGCCAAGCUGCCGGGAGGUAUUGACGUAGCCAGCCUUGCAGAGGAAGUAAAGGCCAACUUGGCAGAGAUAGACAAGACCUAG